AUGAUUAAACUUGAUAGAAUUAAAAUAUUUGCUUUGGGUUAUGACCACAAGACUGAUGAUUACAAGUUGUCAGCAGGUGUAACAGAUUUUCAAAGAGAGGAUACAGUUUUCCAAAUCUAUUCGUUAGCAUCAAAUUCAUGGAAACUUGGGCCAACUGUGCCUUAUUCGAUUAGUUAUACUGCGCGAUGGCAUGAAGUUGUUGUUAACGGAUACCAUCAUUGGUUAGCGAUAGCUCAACGUAAGUUUUUCAUACUCUCUUUCGAUAUCAUUAACGAGAGUUUUAAAGAAAUGCAACCACCAAAAGAACUUUUGGGGAAGAAUCUUGAGGAUGAUCGUAUAAUUCCUGGAGUGUUGGAAGGGUGCCUUUACAUACUCGACAGCUCAUACACCAAUGGUGUUAAGAUUAAUGUUGAAGUAUGGGAGAUGCUGGACUAUGGAGUUCAUGAAUCUUGGACUAGACGCUAUAUCAUUACUCAUGAGAGCAUCAUCUGGCGCCGUAAUUUAAUCUAUAGUUAUGUUGUGGUCUUUUGGGAAUGGUAA